UCCAAUCCUACGCUGGUUGUGCUUUCAGGGAGCGGGUGGUAAUUUUACAAAUGUGCGUUGAUUACGAAGUACGUAAGCGUGAUCAAAAUUGAAAGUAAAUCCUAUCACAGAUUUUCAUCUGUCUCCAAAAUCAAUUUAUUACAAAAUUAUACCACUUUAUCUGCUGUGAGCUGGUACACAUAAAUCGAAAAUCCAAUGGAGGACUAUCUUCAAUAUAUUGGUGGCACAGUAGGUAUAGCAGCAUUAACUGGAGCUGCUGCUGCUACUGCUAUCUACAUGGCUUACUCACCAACACCCAUAUCUCCACCAGUGGACAUAGAUGACCAAUCUUGUGAAAUUCCUAAUUCUGGUGGAGCCAGACAGUCACGACUUGCUCCUCCUGGUGGAUUUACAAGUUUCCUCUAUGAAGAUGCAAAGACACUUUAUGAAAUGAUGCAAAGAGGCAAUAAAAUUUCUGGAAAUGGCAACUGCUUGGGUUACAAAAUUUCCAAAACUGAAUAUGCAUGGGCUUCUUAUAAAGAGGUGAUUGAAAGAUCCAGCAAUGUUGCAUCAGGCUUGGUGCAUAUAGGAAUGGAACCUGGACAAAGUUCAUUUAUAGGAAUUUACUCACAGAAUUCAGUUGAGUGGAUUCUAACUGAACAAGCUUGUUAUAACCAAUCUACUGUGAUAGUGCCAUUGUAUGAUACUCUUGGACCACAUGCUUGCACUUUCAUUAUAAACCAAGCGGAAAUAAAAUUUGUUAUCUGUGAUAAAGAAGAAAAGGCUAAAUCUCUUUUGGAGAAAAGUGAAGAUACACCUUGCCUAAAGCACAUCAUUGUUGUAAAUGGCUACAGUAAUGAAACCAAACAAAUUGCUAUUGAGAAAGGUGUUCAGUUAAAUACUCUGAAAGAAAUAGAGGAAUUGGGAGCCCAGCAUCCUGCAGAAGUGAUGCCACCUAAGCCAGAGGAUAUUGCUACUGUUUGCUAUACAAGUGGCACUACUGGUGAUCCUAAAGGUGUAAUGUUAACACAUGCUAACAUAAUUAUUGAUGCCUGUGCUGUCAUUGAACAAUUAGGUGAGUAUGCACCUAAUAAGGAUGAUGUAAUGAUGUCAUUUUUACCACUGGCUCACAUGUUGGAAAGAUUAUGCGAGGUGACUGUAUAUAUCAACGGUGGAAGCUUGGGUUUCUUUGGUGGUGAUGUUAGAACAUUAAUGGAUGACCUUAGAGCUCUUAGGCCAACAAUCAUGCCUGCUGUUCCUCGCUUGCUUAAUCGAAUUUAUGAUAAGGUUAUUGCUGGAGUAAACAGUAGCUUGUUAAAAAAAUUGAUUUUUAAGUUGGCUAUGAGAAUGAAACAGAGUGAGCUUGAAAAAUUGAUUAUAAGGAAUAAUAGUAUAUGGGAUCGGGUUGUUUUCAAGCCUGUAAGAGAAGGAAUGGGAGGUAGAAUGCGCCUCCUUGUCUGUGGUUCAGCUCCUUUAGCUGGCAAUGUUCUGACCUUCAUUCGUUGUGCUCUUGGCUGUGUGGUUGUUGAAGGCUAUGGUCAAACUGAAUGUGUUGCCCCUUGUACAUUGAAUAUUCAAGGUGAUUACUCUGUUGGUCAUGUUGGUCCUCCAAUAUCUUGUUGCCACAUUAAACUUGUAGAUGUACCAGAAAUGGAAUAUUAUGCAAAAGAUAAGAAAGGAGAGAUUUGUAUCAAAGGUUUGAAUGUCUUCAAAGGCUACUUUAAAGAUGAGCAAAAAACCAAAGAAACUAUAGAUUCUGAUGGCUGGUUGCAUACAGGAGACAUUGGAAUGUGGCUACCAAAUGGAAGUUUGAAAAUAGUUGACCGAAGGAAACACAUCUUCAAACUUGCCCAAGGAGAAUAUAUAGCACCUGAGAAAAUAGAAAAUAUUUAUUUGUCUAGUCAAUAUGUUAGCCAGAUAUUUGUCCAUGGCGAAAGUUUACAGAGCUGCUUGGUUGCAGUUAUUGUACCAGAUAAAGAAGUUUUGACAUCUUGGUGCAAGGAGAAGGGUAUUGAAGGUAGUUGGGAAGAGAUUUGUAGAAACAAAGCAAUAAAGGAGUUAAUUUUAAAUGACAUUACCCGCUUGGGGAAGAAAGCUGGGUUGAAAUCCUUUGAGCAGGUGAAAGACAUUUAUGUACAUUCUGGAAUGUUCACAGUUGAUAAUGGACUUCUUACUCCUACACUCAAAACAAAGAGGCCUGACUGUAGAAAGUGCUUUAUGGACGUUAUCGAAUCCAUGUAUCGACUCAUGGGAUAAAGUAGUUUUGUGCUUGUAUAUCUAAGAAUCUCUGAGAGACGGUGUAUUCAUGCUAGUUGUAAGCGUAAGCUACAAUGGACCAAUUGAGUCUUCAAGGGAAAUACUCUGCUUGGAUGAAAUAUCAAACUCAUACUGCAAUCAGAGUCUUUAUUGAUUUACAUUUACUUUUCCCUACUAUAUCAAAACAUGUUUCGCACUGGUGUUAGUAAGAAUUGAUGAAUGUUCGAUGGAUCAUCCAAAACUUCAAUGGAAACUCAUGUUUUGCACAUUCCAAGAAAUAAGUGAAAAGUGUAUCUAUUUAAAUUGCUUAAAAAUGUGAUUCAUCAAGGCUAAUUGGUCGUAAUAACUUAUUAUGUGGGUUUCCUUUAAUUUGGCAUUUUAUCAAAACCUUCAUUAUGGGUGCUGGUUUAUUCUUGCAUUCAUUGUGAUUAUCACAGUAUUUACUUUCCAAUCUGAAACUCAUCCAGUGAGACUACUAUGUUGAUCGUGUUUGUUUUUCAGAGUUUCGUUUUAUUGUAAUUAAAUGUAUGCUAAAUAAGGUCAUUGUAAAUCGAAUUUUCCUAAUCUUUUACUGAAGAAAUACUCAUCUGAUUGAUUUAUAUGAAGCUUGACUUCAAAGUGAUGUAUUCAAGAAUACUGGCUAUGUUAUACAAAUGAUGAAAUAUCAAAUGCAACAGCUGAGCUGUUUCAAUCCAAACUAUUCUCAUUUAAUGGAUUACUUGUUCAUUCUUUUUCUUCCAAUCAUUACAUUGCUUUUAUUCAUUGCUAAUGUAACAUUGUUAUUUAUUGUAAACUUCAAAGACUGUCCUUUACUGAAAAUAUACAUAUGUAAUGUACAGUUCUACACUAUUUUGGGAGUGGGAUAUAUUUUUUUUUUUCUCUUCCAAAAUUAUUAGCAUACUUUUUUUUCCCCCCAUAUCAAACAAUAUGUUUGUUAACAUAUAAAAUGUAGAGUACUCUGUUUUAUAUUAACUUUCAUUAUUUAAAAUACUUUCUUUCAUUUUUUUUAAUAUAUGCUUUUAUUGAAUUAGGGGAUAAUUACUUUUUUUAAGUUUAAUUUCUCUUUGUUUUGGCUAAUUAUGAUUUUGUAGCUUUCUUGAGAUCUAAAAAGGCUGUUAUUCUUUUCAAUUCAGUUUAAAAUACUCUGCUUUUGAUAGUAUGUUUAUAUUGCUGUUAGCAUCAUUAUAGUUUGCAUUUUAACUAUCAUAUUUCACUUAACAUGCUUAUAAUUUGCUAGGGAAUUUAAACUUUAACCAUCCUUGGUUAUCUUCAUCUUUAAACUUUCAAACAAUUAUAAGAAUGGCGUUAAAAAGGAAAACAUUUUUUUUAAUUCCUUAUAUUUUUAUUUUUAAUAUUCCUUUAAAUAAAAUAUUCUGCUUACAAAGAUUUUACAAAAUUAUCUUUUCAUCAUCUUUAUUUCUGCUUAAUUAUUUUAAUGUCUUUAACCGGUGACAUUGUACAAACUGUAUAAAGAGUAGACCAAGGAUGAAUGUUAAUGAAAAUGCAAUUUUUUUUUUUGUUUUGUAUUGGUUUUGUGUUCUUGUUAUUUUUUAAAAUUAAUAUAAUGGAUUGAUUUUGUGUUAAGUCACUUUUUUGGUGAAUAAGUUUUGUUAAGUGGGAUUUUUUUUUUUUUUUUAGUGAUGUUAGCAUGAGUGUUAUGUGUUAAUUUAUAUUAGUAGUAAUUUUUGUUCUAUUUGUGUUUAAAGUAGAUUUUAAGUUUGUAAGAUACUCAUUUAAAUCUAAUUUAUUAAAACUAUUUCAAAACAAAUCUAAAUGUUCUCUCCUCCCCCCCCCCCUUCUGAUAUUAUUUAAAAUAUUUUGAAAUCUUCAACAUAUCUUUUUUUAAUGUUGCCAAAAUAAAUUUUUUUAUUAUUUUGUUAAGUUUAAUCUAUUAACUAUUUAUUAAAUAAAUUAUUCUUUGCUAUAUAGUAAGCUGUAAUAUUUAUUAUUAAACUUAAAAUACUUUAAAAACACAUUCCAAGUUUAAAAAGAAAAUAAUUUGACCUUUAUAGAAAUUAAAACUUGGAAAAGUUCUAUUGAUAUUACAUAUUUCUUGAUAUUAUAAAAUUUGUAUUUUUUAAAAAACUUUUCCUCUUCCUUUAUGAAUGUAAUAGUAAUAUCUACCAUUUUAUUUUUAAUAAAUUAGAAAUUU